AUGGCAUCCAACACGUUUCCCACCAUCCUCAAACGUCUUCAAGAUGCAGGCGAGGGUGAUCCAGAGUUCUUGGCAAUGGAUGUGCUCAAUUCUAUCAAAAAACGUACUACUGGCCUCUCCAAGGACUGCAGGAAGGCCAUAUGUCGGAUUGGCCAAGCGCCGACAUGGCUCUGCGGAGCCGCCACCCUAGUCGAGCUCCCGACAGUUGCGGUCACCGCAAGCAACCCCACUGGUUUGCUUCAAAGCGAAGCGACGUCCAAAUCACUUGUACAGGCAAUGCAGCAGUCCACAAGGCAUUCGCUCGACGGCGACAAGUUGCAAAAGGUUGUGAUCAAGACGGAGCAGAGAAAGCCUCUUUCAUCCUCUUUCAUCCGAAAGUGGAUGCAGAGAUUCCAGAGCACCUAUCAGCUUGGUCGAACGGAGGGGUCCCAUCCAGCUCAAAAGUUUCAUAGGACAGCCAUAAACACUCAGCGGAAGCCACCAACGUUGCGAGGCAGGCCCGUGGAACGGUCCAGGCUAGAAGCAGACAGGGUCAAGAACGAUGAAGAGCUGACCGAGGACGAAGAGGAUCGACCGCAAUCCUCAUUGGCGCGUAGAAGAAACCACGACAAACACAAAAAAGAUGACGACGACAAACCGGAAGACGAAGAGAAUAUUCCACGACCUUUCCAGCCUGACGCGCUUUGGUCAGACGACGAUAUUAAAGUUUAUCCCCAGCUGAACUGGGCUCUCAACGGACUCCAACGUCAUGAGAUCCAAGAGAUGUAUCGAUCCUCCAUCACGGGUGAAACGUUCAAUCUGGGCCUAGACAGGGAUUCUUCCAAGACGCAGCAGCUCUGCGCAUUCCUCAGCGCCGUAUUGAAGGAGACAAGCCGUCCGAGCAACGAGACCGCCGGGACCAAUAUCCCUUAUGCCUUUGCCAUCAAGCAGAUAUUCAAAGUCGAUAAAAUUGACGACGUUGAUCUGUUGGCUCUGAUCAACGGACAACCCCACCUCAUGACCCCGGACCCCUGUCGCCUCUCAGGUAUAUGCCGCCUCCCAAUAACGAUGAUCACCAGUGACAGCAAUGUGCAAGAUGAUGUGCAAGAAAUGUUCAUGGUCAACACAUUCCUCCCCUUUGUUCUCAACGCCGAGCUCAAAGACCGUGGGGCCCACCCAGGACACUUUGCGUGGGAACUCAAAGAAGAGCUCAACGAGUCCGAUCUGUAUCAACCUCGUAGCUGGCAUGGUAUCAUCACCUUGGUCACUAUGGAUAUGCCACUCGGGAACGAGGAGGAUGUGACCCAUUUCGAGGAGGGCAUUGCGCGUCUGCCAGGCUUGCAAAAUGCACCGCCAGGCUGUCUCUCUUGUGAAAGAGAAGAUUUGUAG